CCCAGUUGGCCUUUGCUCCGUGGGCCGCCUGCUUCCGUACAACCUUUCAAGCCCGUCAUCUGCUUCUUGCCGCUUGUAGACCGUCCGAAUCUCCGGCCAGCGAGCUCGAAUCUUCCGAAAUCUCGUCGCGGGAAUUUCAUGGCCGGAGUUCUCGGCUCCUGCUCAUCUCCGCUCAUCCGGCCUCUUCAGCGUCGCCAUUCACCCCGCCGAUGCUUUAUGGUUUCCGCUGAGCUCAGUGAGAGCUCUGCUCCAUCUCCUUCCUCCGCUGUAGUAGAGGGUGAGGGUGGAAGUUCAUCAUCCUCGGCGACGUUUCCGUCGUCUCCUCCGCCUUCGUUUUCGCCUGCUGCGGGCUUUAAGCCGCCGCAACCAAAGCCGUUUUCCGUUCGCUCGGAUAAGUUUCUGGACAUACUCGGAGCUUCUCUCGCUCUGCCAUUUCGUCUCGGCACUGGUGCUUUCGUUCAAGGCUAUUCAGCAUCUUUAGUGUCGAAGGAUCAAAUUCCCCCAAAUGAGUAUGCUUUGAGCAUUGCAGGGUUCAAGCUCAAAGAGACCUCAAGACUUGGUCCACGACCUGAGAAACCUAUUGAGAUUUAUGAAUUUGAAAGUUGCCCUUUUUGCCGAAAGGUCAGGGAGAUUGUUAGUAUAUUGGAUCUUGAUAUUUUAUUUUACCCUUGUCCAAAAAAUGGUCCAAAUUUCCGUCCAAAGGUUUUGCAGAUGGGUGGCAAACAGCAAUUUCCAUACAUGGUUGAUCCCAACACUGGGGUCUCAAUGUAUGAAUCUGAUGAUAUAAUAAAGUAUCUUGUCACCAAAUAUGGUGAUGGUACUGUUCCUCUGAUGUUGUCACUUGGCCUUAUUACUACCUUAACUGAAGGGUUUGCAAUGAUUGGUCGAAUGGGAAAGGGAUCAUCAUACAGUCCAUCAAGACUCCCACCAAUGCCGCUUGAAUUAUGGGCAUAUGAGCCUUCUCCAUUUUGUAAAAUUGUGCGAGAAGUGCUCGUUGAGUUAGAAUUACCUCAUUUGUUGCACAGGUACAGAUAUUUUGCACAAUUAUCUACACUUUAUAUGUUCAUCUACAGUCUAUUCAAGUCCCUUUUGAUUUUUGUUUAAAUGGGAACUUAGAUG